UUCGACGCGAUUCGCGAGCAACUAUAAUUCCGAAGAAGAGGAAGACGGCACACCGGUGAACGCGUCGCCAACGCCGCCAUCUUAAAUCAAAGCAGCGUUCCCGCGGUCGAUCUUCACGGCGAUAUUAUUGUCGUCGCGUCCACGAGGUUCAUCCUCGCCAGACGGAGAUUCAACAAGUGAAUUAUACGCACGAUGGAUCUUUGUCGGCAGACGUUCGAACUCGCACUAAAUUACGUUACGUCACGAUUGUAUUGUUCCGGCACAAUUGCGUCCACGCGCCGGUGCGAGUCGUCAGUUACCUCCGCCCCGUCCCCUCCCCCGCGGCUUCCCGCGCAGUUCGCCGUUUUAUUUACGCGCUACCGAGUGCAUGUGAUUUAUAUACAAUGAGUAAGGUUAAGGAAUCUCCCCCGACAGAUAACGAAGCGGAAGAGGAAUUCAGUGUGGAAAAAGUUUUGGACAGAAGAGUUGUAAAGGGAAAAGUGGAAUAUUUCUUAAAAUGGAAAGGAUAUUCGAAUGAUGAGAACACAUGGGAGCCAGAAGAGAAUCUGGAUUGUCCCGAUUUAAUUGCUCAAUUUGAAGAGCAGCGGAAGAAGAAGGAGGCAGCUGCAUCUGGAAAGCGGCAUGAAGAAAAGGAACAAAAGAAACGAAAAAGCAAUAAUACACCGACGCCCACUCAGGCUAAGAAAAAGGCAGCAGUGGAAGAAAAGAAGCUGGAAGGUAAAGGAUUUGACAGAAAUUUAGAACCCGAGCGUAUUAUUGGUGCGACAGAUUCUAGUGGCGAGCUAAUGUUUUUAAUGAAAUGGAAAGGAACUGACGAUGCAGAUCUGGUACCUGCACGCAUCGCUAACGAGAAGUGUCCACAGAUUGUGAUCAAAUUUUACGAAGAACGACUCACGUGGCACAGCCCAGCCCACGACGAUGAAAGCUCUGCAAAAGCUGACCCGGAGUAGCAUCCAGUUUUCCUUCAUGAUUUAUUUUUAUCACUGCAAGAUAUUCCACUGUAAUAAUUACCUUAUUACCUAUUACUCUAGGUUAUUUACAAGUUUUUCUAACGUUUGUAGGUGAAAAAUAAACAUAUGACUUUUCCAAACCAUAUUAAUACAGAACACAUUGUAGGAUAAACUGAAAGUUUUAAACAAGAAAAAUAUUACUAUUGGUACAAUUGUCAUUACUUAAUGGAUAACAUAAUGUAUUUUCAAAGUUGUAAAAACGUGAAUUUUUCAAUGAUAACAUGACUUAGUAAGACGUUUCAAAAUUAAUAUUUUAUGUUCUAAGUAGUGUUUAAAUAUGUAUACUCAUUAAAAGUAUUUUUGUUU